AUGUUAUCUUCUUUAUUGGAAACAUUAAAUAAUGGCUCGGGUGUCAUUAAGGCAGGUUUUGCAGGCGAUCAGAUACCAAAAUACUGCUUUCCAAACUAUGUGGGCAGACCAAAGCACAUUCGUGUUAUGGCUGGUGCUUUAGAAGGGGACAUUUUCAUUGGUCCAAAGGCAGAGGAGCACAGAGGUCUCCUCUCAAUCCGAUACCCCAUGGAACAUGGCAUAGUGAGGGACUGGAACGACAUGGAGCGCAUUUGGCAGUAUGUGUAUUCAAAAGACCAGCUUCAGACGUUCUCAGAGGAGCAUCCUGUGCUGCUGACAGAAGCACCCCUAAACCCACGGAAGAACAGAGAGCGUGCUGCUGAGGUGUUUUUUGAGACCUUCAAUGUGCCAGCACUAUUUGUCUCCAUGCAAGCUGUGCUUAGCCUCUACGCGACUGGGAGGACUACGGGAGUGGUGCUGGACUCUGGGGAUGGUGUGACCCAUGCAGUUCCCAUCUAUGAAGGCUUUGCCAUGCCUCACUCCAUCAUGCGGAUCGACAUUGCCGGCCGUGACGUCUCGCGCUUCCUGCGCCUCUAUCUCCGGAAGGAAGGCUAUGACUUCCACACAACCUCCGAGUUUGAGAUUGUCAAGACCAUCAAGGAGCGUGCCUGCUACCUGCCAAUAAACCCCCAGAAGGAUGAAACUCUGGAGACUGAGAAGGCUCAGUACUACCUGCCAGAUGGAAGCACUAUUGAGAUCGGCCCUGCCCGUUUUCGAGCCCCAGAACUCCUGUUCCGGCCAGACCUGAUAGGGGAGGAAUGUGAAGGACUCCACGAGGUGCUUGUUUUUUCCAUUCAAAAAUCAGACAUGGACCUGAGGCGAACGCUGUUCUCCAACAUUGUGCUGUCUGGAGGCUCCACGCUUUUCAAAGGCUUUGGUGACAGGCUGCUGAGCGAAGUGAAGAAACUAGCUCCGAAGGACGUGAAAAUAAGGAUAUCAGCUCCUCAGGAGAGAUUGUAUUCCACAUGGAUCGGUGGCUCAAUUCUGGCCUCACUAGACAGCUUUAAGAAAAUGUGGGUUUCGAAAAAGGAGUAUGAAGAAGAUGGAGCCCGUGCCAUCCAGCGACAAGCCUUCUAGCCCUGGGACCUGUCCUCGGCCUCCUCCGAAGACUCACUUCAGUUCUAAACUCGCUUUUCUGAGUGUCUGAGAGCUGCCUGUGUGUGUGUGUGUGCGCCAGCAUGCCCCGAGUCACUGAGCAAAGACGACAGCAGCAGGAGGGUUGUAUUAGUACUACUAACCUUAUUUUUUUUUUUUAUUUUAUUUUUGUUGGGUUUGUUUUGGAUAUAUAUUUUUUUUUAAAUGGAAAGGAGAAAUAUACAAGUCUGAAUUUCUCCAGAAUGGCCCAUUCCUUUUUUCAUUUCAGUCCCUUAAUUUAAUUUCUGUAUUGCAAUCACAUGUGUCACUGUAAAACAAACAAGCAAAAACAAAAGCUUGUAGAAACUGCCUGGCAGGCCAGAAGGGAGCCAACCACUGCAGACUGCUCAUGCAGGCAAUGCCUGGAUUGUCUGGAAACACAUAGCUGAGGCCCCAUUGCUACUUUCUUCUUCAGCAGUGUCUUCACCAUCAGUAGGUUUUUGAAGUUGUUUUUAACAUUUUUUUAUUAAGAGAAAACACAUUCUCAACAGUUAAGCCCAUUUGCCCCCACUGUUUUUGGUGUGAGUGCGUGUAUGUAUGUGUAACUUCUUAGCCUGAUGCGUGGGUCUGCACCGCAGCUGGAGAAGUUGGUGAUAGGUCUUAGUUUGUAUUGCAUGGAGUAGAACAAAGCAAAUUAAUCAGCUAUCAUUGUACUAGACGGUUAUUCUCUUGUACCUUAUUUUAAAUACCUUUUCUCCUUUGGAAGUGAAAGGCCCACAGUGGGGUGAAGGCACAUGUGUCUUCCCCCUCAACCUGCUGAGAUUUACAGUGCCGAGUUCUCAUGUUCUUUCUCUGUAAGAGGCUGUUUUCCCUCCUUCCUGCCACGUCACGGCAAAGGGAGCAUGUUCUUUUCAGCCAGGCAUAACUCCUGUGUACUUUAUCCAUUCUGGGACAACAUAAUAACAGGAAAGGUGCAUUGUAAUGUAAGAAUUGUUUUACUUAUUGAAAUGUCUGAGGAUAUCUCAAAUACUGACCACAGCACCUGGGAAU